CCCCAGGCUGAAGCCGAGGUUGCGUCCUUGAACCGGCGCAUCCAGCUGGUGGAGGAGGAGCUGGACCGGGCUCAGGAACGCCUGGCCACGGCCUUGCAGAAGCUGGAGGAAGCCGAGAAGGCCGCCGAUGAGAGCGAGAGGGGCAUGAAAGUCAUUGAAAACAGAGCCCUGAAGGAUGAGGAGAAGAUGGAGCUGCAGGAGAUCCAGCUGAAGGAGGCCAAGCACAUUGCCGAGGAGGCCGACCGGAAGUACGAGGAGGUUGCUCGUAAGCUGGUGAUCAUUGAAGGAGAUCUGGAACGGACCGAGGAGAGAGCCGAGCUGGCCGAAUCUAAAUGUUCAGAAUUGGAAGACGAGCUGAAGAACGUUACCAACAAUCUCAAAUCGCUUGAGGCUCAGGCAGAGAAGUACUCUCAAAAAGAGGACAAAUAUGAAGAGGAGAUCAAGAUUUUGACUGACAAACUCAAAGAGGCAGAGACCCGGGCCGAGUUUGCCGAGAGAUCGGUAGCCAAAUUGGAGAAGACCAUCGAUGACUUGGAAGAUAAGCUGAAAUGCACCAAAGAGGAACAUCUCUGCACACAACGGAUGUUGGACCAGACCCUGCUCGAUCUGAACGACAUGUAAAAAAAAAGUGGGGGGGCCGACGGCAGACCCCUCCCGCCCUUUCUCUCCACCCCACGGCCCCUCCCCGAGCAGCGAUUCUCUGCCGAGUUCAGCUCUGUUCUUUUUUUUCUUUUUUUUUUUUCAAGGGGGAAAAAUAAUAACCAGAAAAUUGAACUCUAACUCUGGCGAGGGGGGAAAAAAAGUGUCAUAUAUAAAUUACAUUCCUAAUGCUUGGGGGCCAACUUAACUUAAAAGCCUCUGCCCUGCUUUUAUUUAUUUUUUCUUCCUUGUCCAAAUGUUUAGCCAGAAGGAAGGAAGGAAGGAAAAAUAGGCAACCUCCUAUUCCCCCCCCCCCCGUGGAAGAAUUUGAAGGGAGCGAGCGACUGAAAUGCACCCUUUUAAGGCAUGAAAUUAUAUGUGUGUUUCGGGUUAACGUUCCUCCUUUCCCGAACACGUAUUGUGCAGGCUCCCCCCCACCCCCAGUGCACAAUGUUGAAACCACGCAGCUUUUUAAUUGAUGCGCUGUUUUGUUCGCCUGCCGAAUUGGGGACAGGGCCCGAUUGGAUGGAUGGAAUAAUCUUAAAUCCUGUCGUCGUUUGUCUGAACAACCAGCAAAGCUUUUGCGGCGUCCGCUAACCAGGGAAACAUUCACUUCCGGAAGGAAGCACCAGCCCCUUCCCUCGUUUCUCUCCCCUUUCUUCCAUUUUUUUCCCCUUUUUUUGAAUAUUUAGAUUCGGCGUUUUUUAGGAAAUAAGUUGGGCUGAAUGUGCUUUCUCCGCUGCUGUUUUAAUCUGUGUUUUUAUAACCUUUUUUCCAGCUUGGGGGAGGGGGGGCAAAAGAAGUGUGUUUAAAAGAAAAACCAUAAUCGGGAGUCCGUGUGUCUGUUUUUGUUUUUUUUAAGUUUCCUUUUCUUUAAACCCAUGUAAAUCGUUCUUAAGCUCCUUCGCUCUUUCUUUUCUGCACUUAUAUUUCUUGACACUUCGAGGAAAACACUAUAUCCGAAUAACCCACGUUUUCUUCCCCACUUAGGUUUAAGUUUCUGGGUGCUUGGUGUUCCGUGCGUAAGGGGUUUUUGUGAGGGAGAGAGGCUUGUAACUUUUUGGGGUGCUCCUGAAUACGAGGGGGAGUUUUUCCCUCCCCCUCUCCUGUCCUGUUUCUAGUCGGGAGCUGAUCGUUCUGUCUUGAAGAGAAACUGGAUGUAUGGGGGGGAUACACUCUGUACUCUCAAAAUUUGAUCCCCUAAAGGUUGUGUUAUUUUUUUUAAACGCAUCUCUGUAUAGGCCUUUUGGGGUGUCAUAGGAGAAAUACUGUAUACGCUGCCAUGGCUUUUCAAAGCCAGUGUGUGUAUUUGAGGUGGGGGGGGAGGGAGGGAGGAGUAAGGAAAUUAUAUCAAGUGUUUUGAUACUAAAAAAAUAAAGCUUGGGUCUUUUAUUGUCUCUUUUUUUUUUUUGAAUAAUAAACAGAAACAUUCCCUCUG